CGGAAAGAGAAAAAGCGAAGGCAGAAAGCUUGUCGCUGCUGUUCGUACGGCACAAGCAUUUGGAGCGAGGAGGGGGGAGAGAGUGGGAGGGAGCGCGAGCCAUGGCGGAGCAGCACAAGGAGGAGUCAGUGAUGGACAAGAUCUCGGACAAGCUCCACGGCCGCGGGGGCGGCUCCUCGUCGUCGUCGGGCUCGGACGACGAGCGGUCGUCGGCGGCGUCCGCCGUGAAGGCCAAGAUCUACCGCCUCUUCGGCCGCGAGAAGCCCGUCCACUCCGUCCUCGGCGGCGGCAAGCCUGCCGAUCUGUUUCUGUGGAGGAACAAGAGGAUCUCUGGAGGGGUGCUCGCAGGCGCCACGGCCAUCUGGCUGCUGUUUGAGGUCAUGGACUACCACCUCCUAACUCUGCUAUGCCAUUGCCUCAUCCUCACACUGGCCAUCCUGUUCCUCUGGUCAAAUGCGUCCACUUUCAUCAACAAGUCUCCUCCUAACAUCCCUGAGGUGAGGAUCCAAGAGGACCUGGCUGUGAAUAUUGCACGUUCGCUGAGAUAUGAGAUCAACAGGGGGUUUGCUACCUUGAGGCUGAUCGGUCAAGGCCAUGACCUGAAGAAAUUUCUUAUUGUGAUUGCAGGACUGUGGAUUCUUUCUGUUCUUGGGAGCUGCUGCAAUUUCCUUACCCUGUCCUACAUAGUCUUUAUGGUAUUGUACACUGUGCCGGUUCUGUACGAGAAGUAUGAGGAUAAGAUUGAUGAUUUUGGAGAGAAGGCCAUGAUCGAGCUGAAGAAGUAUUAUGCCAUCUUCGAUGAGAAAUGCCUAUCAAAGAUUCCGAAGGGUCCAUCGAAAGAUAAGAAGCAGCAUUAGAGCUGUAGAACCAUAGAAGGGACUACACUGAUUUAUCAUCUCUGUUGAUCACUACUUUUGGGUUUUGAAGGAUGGUUGUGAUUCCAUGUCUGCAGGUGAUGGUAAAUAUGAACGUGUUCUAGUAUGAUCAGUAAUUGCAAUGCGCUAAAGUAUGGCAGCUUACUCUAUAUCGUGUUCUGAAACUGCAUGUUUAAUAUCGCUUCCCUGUUUGGGAGUUGCUGGUUCUUCGAUAUCAUUGUAAUAUAUCUUCGUGUUAUUGGAUCGCCUGACUUGGGGCUACGAUGAAGUGGUUCUUGGUUA